AUGAGUGAUUUUGUCGUGUUUAUUGAGAACUCCGAAAAUGAUGGACAACCUAAAGUCGACCAGUUAUACCGGAAGAGCUCAGAAGUGCUAAAGAAGGAAGCGGAGGUGAGUGAGAAGUACAAGAAGACGGAGAAAUUGAAUUACAAAAGCGAUACUCCAAACCGCCCAUCGGAUGGCUGUCUGCAAGAAUUUCGUCCACUCACGCGUGAAGAUCUAGUCCAGCUAGACAAGAAUGAACCGAUAUGGUGGCGCAUUCGAAUUGGGCUGUUGAUUGGUUUCAGUGUUAUCUGUCUCGGCCUGUUAGCUGGAUCCAUUGCAUACAUGUCUCUAGGACCUAAAUGUGCUUAUAAGCCGAAGUUACCAUUCUGGAGGUCGACUGUUGGCUAUUGGCUGGAUGUUUUCGCCUUCAAAGAUUCCUCUGGUGACCUUGUCGGUGAUCUAACUGGUCUCAUGUCAGAGGUGGACUAUAUCAAAAACGUAAUUGGUGCUGGUUAUGUGAUACUCGACUCCAUUACAAAAGGCUUCUAUACAAACACAUAUAACGUAAUUGGGCUAGUGGAAGAUUACGAAGAGUUAGAUGAAGCAGUUGGCACGAUGGAAGAUUUCCGACUUCUAAUUAAACGUUUCCAUAAGGAGGAUUUGAAGGUCAUUCUGACCUUAGAUUUCAAUUCAGUAUCCAGCAAUCAUAAGUGGGUUGUCGAAGGUAAGGUGAAGUUGGCGAAGUUUCCAGAGAAUGUGGGUGUCAGGUAUACUCGAUACGGAAAACCAUUAGAUGUUAUGGUUGACGGUCAGAAGUACUAUUCAGUAUUUGGAUCACCAAGUGUAGACCUAGAUUUGAUGGAUUCAGAUACUCAGAGAGCAAUACUGGAUGUGAUCGGUUACUGGAUGAAGGAGGGAGUCGAUGGAAUUCUCCUUGACAACUGUGCAUUUCUCGUUGAAGACAGUGAUGCGGAGAUGGGAGCACGAGGCACGACACAGGAACCGUGGUUGACAGGUUAUCCAAUUCAUCAGCUGUAUAGAAAUGAAAGUGUGACGUUUGUUGGACGCGUACGACAGGAAAUUGAUGAAUGGAGUAAGAAGACCGGCAAAGAAAAAUUACUGGCUGUGUUUUCUGGUGAUACUGGCUAUUUUUCGAUCACUGAGCGUGAUCCGAUGUUGAUGUUCAGAGAUGUGGCUGAUGUAAUAAUCAGUGAACUAUUUAUUACGAAGCAACAUGAGGGAGCGUAUAACUCACGGUAUGCUCGGAACAUUCGUCAAUAUGCAAGUUAUGCAGAUGAUGAAAAGGAGAAAUUGGGUUUGUGUAUAUCAACUCCAUCUGAUUUGUUAUCCAAAGAUGUGAUUGCGUUGGCAGCAACAAUUUUAUUGCCAGGUUCCUCAAUAAUCUAUUAUGGAACAGAAUUGGGCUUGAGUGCAUUGAACGUUGAGUACAGAAAUGAUAAUUUUUAUCCGAAAAACGCCCUUCUCGGUGUCAGUAAAACUCCACUAGCACAUUUACCUAUGCCAUGGAGUCUGGACGGACGGAGAUUUUCGAAUGCUAUCAAUGACUCCAGCUUUAUUACUCACCUGCAAAAGUAUGAUUAUUUGGACACAGUUGAAACUUCCCUAGCUGAAGGACGUGGUGAAUCAGUUCUCAGUCUCGUUCGGAGUCUUGUAGCUCUCCGUGAAAAUCCCAGUCUGAAGUGGGGAGUAAUGGAGUUGAUUGACCCUCCAAUUUAUCAAUCGGGUAAUGUCUAUUGGUUGUUUGCACGCAGAGCUGAAGGCUAUCCAACGUUCAUUGUUGCCUUGAUCAAAUCCUAUUUCCUUGGACACGCGGUUUUAGACUUCACCUCCAUUUGUUCGUCGGUUACACCGAGAGCUGUUUAUCCAUCAAUUUCAAGUUUACCAGUCAAUGUUCCAUUGUCAACUUCAAAGAUAUUUAUUGAAAACGGUAUUGCACAUAAUCGAGUUCUAGUAUUUCAAUGUAAAUGA